UAUUCAUUUUCAAUAAAAAUUAUAUUCUCUCUUUUAAUCUAGAAACAUCUAUGAUUUUCUCUCUUUCUAUUUCGUGUCUUUAUCUACGAUUUAGAGUUUAGUUUUCUUUAAUUUUUUUCUUGAUUUUUUGUUUUGAUCUGAGUCAAAUUAGUUUCUCAUCAUUUUCCAACUUUCCUUGAGUACAAAAUCCCAGGCUUCAUUUAUUGUUUAUGAUAAAUUGAUUUGAAGAAAGAGUUGAACUGAACCCUAUCUGGGUUGAGCUCCAAUGGAUUCAACUCCGGUGGGCAGGCGGUUUGAUAUCUUGGAGAUUUACCGACGAUAUUGUGACAUUAAAUCUCAAACUGUGAAUGCUUAUGAAGAUGAAGGUUAUAGACAAGAUGAAGAGUUACAAAAAACUAAUUUUUCGAGGGAGGCAUUGUCUGAGCUUUUGAACUUGGUUGUGUCAGCAGUACAUACAGGGAUUUCAGUUUUUGAAGAGCUUUACAAGCUCAUGGCGCAGCUGGACUUGAUGGCAGACUUUUCUGAAUUCUCAUGCUUCUAUGAUUUUGUUUUCUUCAUGUGCCGUGAGAACGGUCAGAAGAAUAUCACUGUAAGCAAAGCAGUUACUGCCUGGAGGUUAGUUUUAGCAGGCAGGUUUCGCUUACUUAAUCAGUGGUGCAGCUUUGUUGAGAAAAAUCAGCGACACAACAUCUCUGAGGAUACUUGGCAGCAAGUUUUAGCGUUCAGUCAUUGUGUACACGAAAAUUUGGAAGGGUAUGAUCCUGAAGGUGCUUGGCCUGUUCUAAUUGAUGACUUUGUGGAGCAUAUGUACAGGGUAUUGGGAUCUAAUGAAAGAUCUAACUUGUUCUGUAGCUGUGGUGUUUCGGAGUCCCAGUUAUAUGUAUAUGAGGACCCUCUUCCAGGACUGAAGAAUUUCCCUGGUUUAAAGAGGAAGUCUUCUGACCUUCAACAAGAUGAAAUGGACUCCUCAGAGGAUUGCUUUCCUGACUUCACAGACCUAAAUCACAUGUUAACUCCUAAGAGAAGUAGGUUGGUUGCUCAGAGAACUCUGGACCAAGAGGAUAAUCCACCCGGUGAUGAUUGCAUGGAAAUAGCGAAACAAAGUAGUCCAUUGGGUUCCUCCAAAUCUCCCUGUGGCAUUGAAGGUUCUCUCUCUAAGGGCUUUGCUGGGCUGUUUUCAACUUUCCUGUCUGCAAUUUGAUUGGGAAAAGGAGGCAGGAGAAUUUCAUAUACUUACAUCUCCACGUAAGUCAAUAUUUUGGUAAAUUACCUCCCCGUAUGAAUACACGUCUGUUAUUCUUACAUAUGCCCACAGUUUUUCAAUUGUUCCGUGGGAUAGUUUCGUGUUGUCUUUGUUUUGUUUUGACAUUUGUUGGCAUCUGUUAUCAAUUUAUUGGUGAGAGUCAUGUCCAUGAUCUAUUAUGAUUGAUAAAAUCAAUAAAAGAGUUAUCAGUCUGGUUGUUUCUUAAA